AUGGCCUUGGUAGUUCAUUAUGACAUGGAGCUACAUCAAAUGGAUGUGAAAACAACCUUUUUGAAUGGUGAUCUAGAAGAGGAAAUGCACAUGGAGCAAUCGAAAGKGUUUGCAAUUGAGGCUGAAGCUCAGAACACAACAAAGAUCAUCGAUGUAGGAGUGAUUCUUGAUUUGGAUACAUGGGUUGGGAAGAUGGGCCAAAGCUGUAUUUCAAUGGCGCUAUCUGAUUUCUAUGCCACUCAUAAUUAUACAACAAGGUUGAAUAUUCACAUUAGRRACUCAAAAAAUGAUAUAGUGACUGCUGCAUCCACAGAAACUCCUUAUUUUGUUAGAACAGCCCAAAGUGACUCUUCUCAAGUAAAACCUAUUUCAGCAAUCAUCCAAGCCUUUGGAUGGAGGGAGGUUGUACCCAUUUAUGAAGAUACAGAGUAUGGAAGGGGGAUUGUACCUUUUUUGACUGAUGCCUUACAAGUGAUCAAUGUCAAUGUCCCAUAUCGGUGUGUCAUUUCGCCUUCAGCGACGGAUGAUCAAAUUCUUAAAGAGCUCUACAAGUUAAAGACCAUGCAAACCAGAGUAUUUGUGGUGCACAUGUCUUCAUCUAUUGCCUCUCGUUUGUUUUUGAAGGCAAAAGAAGCUGGGAUGAUGGACAAAGGCUUUGCUUGGAUCAUCAGUUAUGAGCUUACAAAUAUCUUAGCUUCAUUGGAUUCAUCUGUCAUAGACUCAAUGCAAGGAGUGUUAGGUGUACAGCCAUAUGUUCCAGUUUCCAAGCAGCUUGAGAACUUUAAGACCAGAUGGAAAAGAAAAUUCCGCCAGGACAACCCGGAUAUCGAUAGAGUCGAAUUGGAUCUUUUUGGGUUAUGGGCAUAUGACAGCACUUGGGCACUUGCAAUGGCAGCUGAGCAAGUUGGCUACAUGAAUGUAGGAUUCAAGAAACUGGACACAAGAAAGAACUCCAGUGAUCCACUAGAUAUUGGAGUAUCCCAAGUUGGUCCAAAAUUACUUCAAGCCAUUAGGAGGACUAGAUUUACUGGUUUAAGUGGAAAAUUUCACCUAGUUAAUGGGGAACAGCCAUCUAAUUCAGCCUUCAAGAUAGUAAAUGUGGUUGGAAAGGGGGAGAAGGAAAUAGGAUUCUGGACUCCUACCCAUGGGAUUUCUAGGAAGCUAAAUAAACCUCAUGACAAGAAAAUGUACUCAACUUUCAAGGAUGAACUAGGAGCCAUUGUAUGGCCUGGAGACACAUCAGAGGUGCCAAAGGGAUGGGAAUUGUCCACAAGUGGUAAGAAGUUGAAGAUUGGAGUUCCUGUUAAGGAUGGUCUCUUUGAGUUUGUAAAGGUGGAGACAGAUUCUCUCACUAACGCUCCAAUAGUCACUGGCUUUUGUAUAGAUGUGUUCAAGGCUGUAAUUGACUUACUGCCAUAUGCAGUUCCCUAUAAGUUUGUUCCCUUUAAGAAGGUCAACAAUAAUCGGACAGGAACGUGGAGUUACAACGAUCUAGUCGAACAAGUCUACCUUCAGGACUUUGAUGCAGUAAUUGGAGAUACAACAAUUCUAGCAAACCGAACACUAUACGUGGAUUUUACGUUGCCUUACACAGAGUCCGGGGUGUCAAUGGUGGUACCAAUUAAAGGUGAUGAGAGGAAGAGCGCAUGGAUCUUCUUGAAGCCUCUGAAGAUGGACCUUUGGCUGACAACUGGAGCCUUCUUCAUCAUCACUGGCUUAGUGAUCUGGCUUCUUGAGCACCGUAUUAAUGUUGAUUUCAGGGGCCCACCUCAUAGACAAGUUGGGAUGGUCAUCUGGUUUUCCUUCUCAACGCUUGUGUUUGCUCACAAAGAGAAGAUACUAAGCAAUCUAUCAAGGUUCGUGAUGAUCAUAUGGGUAUUUGUUGUCCUAGUUCUGACUUCAAGUUAUCAAGCUAGUUUAACGUCGAUGUUGACAGACAACCCGGAUAUCGAUAGAAUCGAAUUGGAUCUUUUUGGGUUAUGGGCAUAUGACAGCACUUGGGCACUUGCAAUGGCAGCUGAGCAAGUUGGCUACAUGAAUGUAGGAUUCAACAAACUGGACACAAGAAAAAACUCCAGUGAUCCAUCAGAUAUUGGAGYAUCCCAAGUUGGUCCAAAAUUACUUCAAGCCAUUACGAGGACUAGAUUUACUGGUUUAAGUGGAAAAUUUCGCCUAGUUAAUGGGGAACAGCCAUCUAAUUCAGCCUUCAAGAUAGUAAAUGUGGUUGGAAAGGGGGAGAAAGAAAUAGGAUUCUGGACUCCAACCCAUGGGAUUUCUAGGAAGCUAAAUAAACCUCAUGACAAGAAAAUGUACUCAAUUUUCAAGGAUGAACUAGGAACCAUUGUAUGGCCUGGAGACACAUCAGAGGUGCCAAAGGGAUGGRAAUUGUCCACAAGUGGUARGAAGCUGAAGAUUGGAGUUCCUGUUAAGAAUCGUCUCCUUGAGUUUGUAAAGGUGGAGACAGAUUCUCUCACUAAGGCUCCAAUAGUCACUGGCUUUUGUAUAGAUGUGUUCAAGGCUGUAAUUGACUUACUGCCAUAUGCAGUUCCCUAUGAGUUUGUUCCCUUUAAGAAGGUCAACAAUAAUYGGACAGGAACGUCGAAUUACAACGAUCUAGUCCAACAUGUCUAUCUUCAGGUUGGUAUAAUUUAG